AAGCAUGGCCCCUGGUUUUCUGAUUUGGCUUCCAAAAACCAACUGUUUUUCUCUCUCAACUAACCCUGCCAGCGCUUCUUCCACCUCUUUUAUAUCACAAUCCUUACCCACCACUGCUUCACCCUCACAAUUUUCCAUCCCAAUUUCUUUUUUUUUUUCUUUAUUACUCCUCAGUCCUCACACAACCUACCUGUGUAAAAAAAAAAAGUACACUAACAAGAAAAAAACGCCACUCUACCCAUAUACUGUACCCAUCAUUAUUAUUAUUGUUACUGCUAGUAUUUACCUAACCACUAUACCCUUUUCCUCUGUUUCCUCUGUUCUUGUUCAUCUGGGCUACCUUUUUUUAUUUUUUAUUUUUGCAUUUUUUGGGGGUGCCCAUUUGGAGAAUUUGGGUUUGAGGGCGGUUUAGGCAUUGCAUUUUGGGGUUGGUGUGGAAAGUUGGGGGCUUUCUUGGUGGGGUGGUUUUGAAUGGGGAUUGAGAGGACCUUGGCUGAUAGAAAAGGAAGAGACUUUUGUGAAUUGCCGAGAGAAACGAUUACCAGCAGCAACUCACGGCGGAACCGGCGGCGGCAGAGGCGGAAGCCGCCGCCGGUUCAGAUGCUCUUCGAGACUUGCAAGGUUGUCUUUGCCUCUGCGGGGACAGGCUUUGUCCCUCCCCCUCAGGACAUUGACAAGUUGCGGUCUGUUCUAGAUGGAAUAAAGCUAGAAGACGUUGGUUUGAGACCUGAUAUGCCGUAUUUCAGGACAAGUGCCACUCAGAGAGUGCCAAGAAUCACGUACCUGCAUAUUUAUGAGUGUGAAAAAUUCUCGAUGGGAAUAUUUUGUUUGCCACCUUCUGGGGUCAUUCCUCUUCACAAUCACCCUGGAAUGACGGUUUUCAGUAAGCUACUUUUUGGAACUAUGCACAUCAAGUCAUAUGAUUGGGUCGUUGACUUGCCUCCUGAAUCUCCUACCACUAUCAAACCGUCAGAAAGCCUACCUGAGAUGAGGUUAGCAAAAGUGAAGGUUGAUGCUGAUUUCACUGCUCCUUGCAACCCCUCCAUCCUUUAUCCAGAAGAUGGGGGCAACCUGCACUGUUUCACCGCAGUGACAGCAUGUGCAGUUCUAGAUGUGCUUGGUCCUCCAUAUUCUGAUCCUGAAGGCAGACACUGCACAUACUACCAUAAUUUCCCCUUUUCCAACUUUUCAGUGGAUGGAAUAUCCAUACCAGAAGAGGAAAAAAGUGCUUAUGAAUGGCUACAAGAGAGGGAUGAACUUGAAGACUUAGAAGUAAAUGGAAAAAUGUACAACGGUCCAAAGAUUGUGGAGAGCUAAUAAUGUCAACAUCCACAUACACCAUCUUUCAGUUUAAAGUGAUCAGUUGCUGCCAAAAUACCCUUACAGAAAAUUUUUCCAUCAAUUUCUUUCUUUUCUAGUAGAGAAACAACGCUUAUCUGUGUUCUUGUACCUUUUUUCUUUAGUGUUUUUCUUUUCUUUAUGGAACAUGAGGCACUUGCCAUGCACCUGGUGCUGUUUUCAGUCUAUAUAGUUCUUUUAUGUACAUACCAAGAAACAGAAAAGGACAAAGGAGGUGCCGCACCGGAAUUUGAACUUGAAAUGAAGGUGCAAUGCAAUGAGCUAAUCGAGCCUCGUUUUGUAGGCUAGUUGGUUAUUUCAUUUAAUUCACUUUCGGAUGAUUUAAAGCUACUACAUAAUACACAUUUGAUGUAUUUAAUAAAUGAUAUGCUUCAGCUUCUA